UCAGCAACUGAUAGCGGGACUGUGGCGGGCAUUCUGACACUGGGGGGGAACUGACUUGGUGUCACUGACAUCCCCAGUGACACCAAUACAGUGAUCAGUGCUAAUAAAAAGCACUGACACUGUACUAAAGGCAAUGGGCAGGAAGGGGUUAGCAUCUGGGGUGAUCAUAGGGUUAACUGUGUGCUGGUUAAAUGUGUGCUGUGUGUGUUUUACUGUGUCAGCACAUUGCUUUGUAUUGCUCUGCUUUGCACAGCAAUACAAAGCAAUGUGCAGGAGCUGACAGGAGAGAGAUUUGUAUUGUUUACAUACAGACCUCUCCCCUGUCAGUGAUAUUUGGCGAUUGCCAGGUGCCAGUGGGGAAU